UGUCGCUCUGCGGACACAUCGCCAUUCAAAUCAUAAGUUCAGGCCGGGGCGCGCGCUCUCAACCGGCUCUGACUGAUUUGAUCUCAGCAAAAGCGCGCCAACCUCUUCGGUUUCAAACUUUUUUAAUAACUUUUUUAUUUUUUAUUAACGGUGUUUGUGUCGCUCGAAAUUUAAAUCUGUGAAAAUGUUGAAAUAUACGGUGAAGAAAUACUGUUCGGAGGGGAGCAAGAUGAACCAGAUUGUGAUGGCCAUACUCAUGGUCCUACCAGUCUUCUCCUACGGCACGGCGGUGGGCUGGCUGUCCCCUAUGGGCCCGCGGCUCAUGAGCGAAGACACCCCCUCGUCAGCCCCCAUCCACCCGGACACCAUAUCCUGGAUGGCGUCAGUGGCGUACCUUGUGGGGACCCCGGCGGUGUUCCUCUACGGAUACAUUGUGGACAACUUCGGGAGGAAGAAAGCUUUGCUGAUGACUUCUUUUUGUUUGGCUGUCUGCUGGAGCAUAAAGCUGUACUCCAGCGAGCCGUGGGCGCUGAUAACCGCGCGAGCCAUCGUGGGCUUCGGCGUCAGCGGCUCCUAUGUCGUCACCCCUCUCUACAUCAAGGAGAUCAGUGAAGACACGAUACGGGGCACCCUGGGCAGCCUCGUGAUCCUGUCGCAGAACUUCGGGAACCUGCUGGUGUACAUCAUGGGGGAGUACCUGAGCUACCACGCGGUGCUGUGGAUCUGCCUUGCCGUGCCGCUCGUGCAUCUGAUGGUGUUUCUGACGAUGCCGGACAGUCCGUCGUAUUUGCUCAAGUGCGGGAAGGUUGAGGAGGCUCGAGAUGCCCUGGCGUGGCUGCGCUGCCGGCAGAGCUCGGACUCCUUGGUGGACGAUGAGCUGCAGGGGCUGCUCGAGGAGAUGGAGAAGGACAAGAGCGGCCGGUUCAGCGACGCCAUCAAGGCUAUUGUAUCAGACAAGCCCACCUUCCGCGCGUUCCGCAUAACCCUCACGAUAACCCUCGCGCGGGAGCUGUGCGGCUGCCUGGCGGUCCUGCACUUCGCUUCCACGAUCUUCGACCAGGCCAGCGGCGGCAGCUUCGUGCUGAGCGCCAACCAGCAGGCGGCCGUGUUGGGCGCCGUGCAGAUGCUGGGGAGCUGUACGGCUAGUAGCCUGGUGGAGCGGACUGGGAGGAAGCCGCUACUAGGCGGGACCUGCCUAGUCUCAGGCCUGGCUAUGGGCGCGCUGGGCGCGUGGUUCUACCUGAACACGGGCGCGGCGGGCGGCGCGGCGGCCUGGCUGCCCGUGGCCUGCCUCUGUCUCUGCAUCUUCUGUGACGCGGGAGGGCUCCAGCCCGUGCCGUUUGUCAUCAUGACUGAGAUCUUUAACUUCCAGCUCCGCGGCACAGUGACCUCCAUCGUGAUCGCGUUCGCCUGCGCGCUCGUGUCCAUCGAGCUCCGCUUCUUCCACCCCAUCGCGGACGCCAUCGGCAUGCACUCCGUGUUCUGGGCCUUCGCCUCGGUCUGUCUGGUCAGCACGGUCUACAUAGCGCUCUAUGUGCCAGAGACCAAGAUGAGGAGCCUCGAGGACAUCUACGACGAGAUCAGCGGGAAGAAGAAGGCGAAGGAUUGCGAGAGUGCUGUGACUAGGUUGUAAGUUUUGAGAUGUAAUAGUUAUCGCGAUUGCACAUACCGAGUAGAGUGGCGUGGCGUAUGCUCGGAUAGAGUAUCCUCGGCCGAUCACUCGGUCAAUUGCGAGCUGUUCAUUGGUCGAGGUUACUGUCUCGCCAUUCUACUCGGUAGGUGUAAUCAGGGUAUAAGGGCAGGUUUUAGGCUUUUACGAAGCCAGCCACCAGCUAUGGUGUUUGGAGUUUGGCCAUAUUUUUUAUAAGGCUCUCUAAAUUAUACUAUGGUAGGUACCUUUAGGAUCUACAAUCUAUAGGUAUUAAAAAAAAAUAAUCAAAUUAAAUAUAAAUUGUAGCUAUAGGUAUUUUUGAUCUGUAUUUCGUAUUUAAGAACUAUGAAUUAAUGAGAAUAACAAUUUAUUUAUUACAUACAGAUGGAAUUUUAUCAGUGAAGAUCUCGUCGGCAGGUCAAUGCACGACAUAGGGAACAACUUUUAUUAUGCGACCAACCCUGUAUACAUAUUUUUGGUAGGUCCAGUUUUGAUUGUGAUGAAUCAAAAAUAAUAAUUAUCCUUAUGAAAAGAAAUAUUGAAGAGAUAUUUUUGGAUGAUAUUGAAUCAAAUUCAAUGUAAAAUAGAUAUAUUUAUGUGUGCAUGUGAUUUAGUGAAUGUUUAAAUUAAAUAUUUAAAAUAAAAUGCUUCAAAAGUUUUUUCGGUAUAUUGAAUGUGUGGGAUAUCUAGUUAUUAAGUACUUUGAUAAGAAUAAUUAUAUUUCAAUAGGUAAGUACAUUAUUAGGUAUCAUAAUUUCAAUACACCUUUGCCUACCACGCAAUUGAGUAUUUAUAAUAGGUUUACAUAUUUAUCAUUUUAAUUCAAUGUUAUCAGAUAACAAAAACCACAUAAGUAGGUUACAAAAUAUGCAUUCAUAAAUGCGGCGUUUAUUCUCAGAAAUCAAAACGCAAUUUUAGCAAGAUUUAUUUAAUAAUAUAUGUUAGUGUUUUAUGAAUAAGAAAUCUCAAAUAUUUUAUUACAAGUACCUAGUAUACUGUCACACACAGUGCCAUAAUUAGGUAUAUACGGUAUUUAUGAAUUUAUAACUGAAGACAUUUAAUAAAUACGUAAUUUUAAGUAUGUACCUAGGUAGGUUCAUUUUGUAAAUAAACAAAUGAUGAAACAAUUAA